CUGUUCGAUGUGUCUGCCGACCGUCUCACCCCUUUAGUGCAUAGUGGGCGUUUUCCUUGGUCCUGAACAUACAAUCCAUGCAAAAUGGUUUUCCCACAAAAAUACUCUUCUGUACCGGGCAGCUCUGUCGGCGCCCGUUGGCUGUACAGCAGUGCACCAAGAUUAUUGGACAGUAGCACGUUAUCAAAGCAAAGUUUAGUUAUCACUUCACCGAAUGCAAUUGCAGAGCAUUGUUUACACAAUCAUGCAAAUACAUGUUUGCAAAGUUCAGCUGUUUUCAGGAACUUUGAAAGAGUGGGCAUUUCAAGCCAUCGCGAAUACAGAACAGAGAGGAAGUUUGCACUUCCUUCCAUGUCAACCUUAGGGGAACUUCUGAAAACUGCCAAGAACAAACUUUUACUCACAGCAAGUGUGUAUGCAGCAGAGCCAUUCGUAGAAGUAACACCCGACAAAAAAGAAACUUCAGUAACAACAACAAAUGCACCGCAGAAGCAGACUUCAGAGGGUCCCACGCAUGUUUCAAAAGAGGAUGACACAGAAACUGAUGAUGUUGUAGUGCCGGCGUGGUUCCUGGGAACUAGACCUGUCCCUGAGACGGGCUGGGAGAGGCUGAGAGAUAUCUUUGAGAUCAAAGAGGACAAGAAACUGUACUAUGAGAAGUACAGUAGGGAGGUGACAGACUGGAUAAACGUGAUGGCGGCAGGGUUCAUGAUUGGGUUUGUGUACGGCGGUGUCCCUGCGGCUCGCCAGGCCAGACUACGCUACAUCGAGCUGAGCCACACGCAGGUUUACCAGGGCCGCCGGGACGCAGUGGGAGACGCCCACAAGGCCGCCCACAGGGGACUGAUCAGAUAUGGGUACAGGUGGGGCUGGAGGGUUGCUGUGUUUGCCGGCAUCUUCCAUGGAGUGUCCACGUGUCUAGCUAUAUACAGGGACAAGGAUGAUGCUCUCAACUAUACUGCUGCUGGAGCUCUGGCCGGUGGUCUGUAUAAAAUCAGUCUGGGUUUGAGAGGCAUCAUUGGAGGGUCAUUUCUUGGGAUUCUCUUAGGAGUUCCAACCGGCCUGCUGACCCAGCUAGGACAGACGUUACAGGGAGAGACUUACGUGGAGAGGAGACGGACUCUCAGGAAGGAGGUCCUGGAGCUCAGGAGGGAGGAAUGGAAAGCUCGCCUUCAACUGAUGGACGAUUUUAUCUCGGACACUUCCUCAGAGCAGACAUCAGGAACAGAACCCAGCACCCCUGGUGGGACCAAACUAGCUGCAGGAACCGAACCAGAACCCUCUGUAUCUGGUCAGGCGAAGGUUGUGUCCUACCAGCCAUCAGGAACAGAACCCAGCACCUCUGGUCAGGCCAAACAACCUACUACAUGUAACUCAGGAGAACAGAAACAGUCAUGACAAAGUUGAUUUUUAGAUAUUUCAGGUCUUUAAUUAUGAGGAAACUUAAUGCCUGUUGUGGACAGUCAAGUUCCACGAAGAAAAGACAUGGUUCUAUUCUUCAUUACUUGGUUUUAGUUUGCAAUUAAAUUAGGUUCUGGUACAAUUUUGUAAAAAUUAAAAUUCUUCAAAAAUGCUUAAUAUCCCAUUAUGUUGUGUUUUAAUGUGUGAGCCCUACAUCAAUUUCCACUAAAUAUCUUUUUACCUUACAUACCCAUCCUUCCCAAAUCUUACAUGUAC